AUAAGUGCUGAUGUAGUCUACGUCGCAAGAGGUCGAUUGAUUCCUCAACGAGAAAAAAAUUAAAGAGAAAGAAUAAAUAAAAUUGCAUUGAAAUCUCUCUUUCGUCUCUAUAAUCAAUCGCUGCUAGUACAGACAGUGGUGGUUUUUGGGGGUAGGGUUAGUUUCGACUCGGACAGAGCAAGACAAAGGUAAUAAUGGGUGGUACAGUGAAGGAUGUUCAGUCAAAGGCGGAGCUUGAUAACGUGCGCAGCAGUGGCGCACCUGUAGCCGUUCACUUCUGGGCGUCAUGGUGCGACGCCUCUAAGCACAUGGACCAAGUUUUCUCCCAUCUCUCCACCGAUUUCCCCAACGUCCACUGCCUCAGGGUUGAGGCUGAGGAGCAACCAGAGAUAUCAGAGGAAUAUUCAGUUUCUGCUGUGCCUUUCUUUGUUUUCCUUAAGGACGGCAAGAAAGUUGACACAUUGGAAGGUGCUGACCCCUCCAGUUUGGCCAACAAAGUUUCUAAAGUUGCUGAAUCUGUUAAUCCUGGAGAACCUGCAGCCCCUGCCAGUCUUGGAAUGGCUGCUGGAUCCAGUAUUCUUGAAACAGUGAAAGAGUUGGCAAAAGAAAAUGGCUCUUCCCAAGUGGAGAACCAAGUCCAACCUGGCUCUGGCGAUGCAUUAGCAAACCGUUUGCAGCAGCUGAUUAACUCUCAUCCGGUCAUGCUAUUUAUGAAAGGCAAUCCGGAAGCACCAAAGUGCGGGUUUAGCCAGAAAGUUGUUGAUGUUCUGAAUAAAGAAAAUGUGAAAUUUGGAAGUUUUGACAUCCUAUCUGAUAAUGAGGUACGUGAGGGGUUGAAGAAGUACUCUAACUGGCCGACUUUUCCUCAGCUCUAUUGCAAAGGAGAGCUCCUUGGCGGAUGUGACAUUGCAAUUGCAAUGCAUGAAAGUGGUGAACUAAAAGAGGUUUUCAGAGAUCAUGGAAUUAAUACUAAUGAUUCUGUGGAAACAAAAGAGAGUGAAGUUGGAACUGGAAAGGGCGGCAUCUCAGAAUCCACUGGCUUGAGUGCAACCUUGACCUCCCGACUGCAAAGCCUGAUCAAUUCAAGCCCAGUUAUGUUGUUCAUGAAAGGGAAACCUGAUGAACCCAAGUGUGGUUUCAGUAGGAAGGUUGUUGAAAUCCUUAAAGAAGAGAAGGUGAAUUUUGAGAGUUUUGACAUUCUUUCUGACAAUGAAGUUCGUCAAGGUCUUAAAGUUUAUUCAAAUUGGUCCAGUUAUCCUCAACUAUAUAUUAAAGGUGAGCUUAUAGGUGGAUCUGAUAUCGUGCUGGAGAUGCAGAAAAGUGGAGAGCUUACAAAGGUCUUGGUUGAGAAAGGGAUUUUUUCGAAAGAGACUCUUGAAGAUCGUUUAAGGAGUUUGGUUGCCUCUUCACCAGUGAUGCUUUUCAUGAAAGGUUCCCAAGAUGCUCCCAGGUGUGGUUUUAGCUCCAAAGUUGUAAAUGCGCUUAAGGAGGAGGGUGUAAGUUUUGGGUCCUUCGAUAUUUUAUCCGAUGAAGAAGUGAGGCAGGGACUAAAGGUCUUCUCAAACUGGCCAACAUUUCCCCAGCUGUAUUACAAAGGCGAGUUGGUAGGAGGUUGUGAUAUUGUAAUGGAACUGCGGAACAAUGGAGAGCUGAAAUCUACCCUAUCCGAGUAGGAGUGAACAUGUCUGUCAUAAUGCCAGACAAACCUAUAGUUAUAUUUUUGGUCAUGUCAGUGGUGUGUGAGGAUGUCAUACACAAGACUAGAGUUUGCAUGUUAAUUAAUACUUUUCUCGUUGAUGAUUUUUAUGCUUUCUGGUGUUAAUUGUCUCUACAUUAUGCACUUUUCUUUUAGCUAUAUUACGAGGGUCUUCUCUUGC